GCCUGCCUUCUCACGAGUUGGAUGAGCAGCGCCUCGCUCCAGAGUCUCCAGCUGCUGCUGGCGCAGUGUCGCGCCGGCACAGUCACGCCACCGACACGCGUUCACCGCGUCGCUCUGACCGCCGUUCCAAAGCCAACACAGCCGCCGCCGCCGCCGCCGCCGCCGCCGGCGAGCGAAGCCGUGGCAGCGGCGCCGACGCCCACCGCGGCUCGCUUCGUCGACAUCGGAGCGAAUCUGCUCGACUCGAUGUUUGCCGGCAGCUACCGCGGCAAGCAGGCGCACGAGGCCGACCUCGACGCCGUCCUGGCGCGAGCCGCCGCGUGCGGCGUGCAGCACGCCAUCGUCACCGCCGGAACGCUCGAGGAGUCGAGGCUGGCGCUCGAGCUCGUGCGUCGGCAGCGCGCCGGCGGCUGCCCCGUCCGGCUCCACUCGACCGUCGGUGUCCACCCCACGCGCUGCCUUGACUUUCUGCCCGAGGCGGAGAGGGCCGAGAUCGAGGCGGCGAUGGCGGCGGCGGCGGACGGCGGCGGCGGCGGCGAGGAGACGCUGGCGGCGAUCGAGGCUGAGGUGCUUGCGCGGCCUUCAGUGAUGGCGGCGAUUGAGGCGCACGCGCAGGCGCUGCGACGCCUCCUGUCGCAGGGGCGGGAGGAGGGCCUCGUCGCCGCCAUCGGUGAGUGCGGCCUCGACUACGACCGGCUGCACUUUUGCCCUCGGCUCGUGCAGCGGGCAGGCUUCGCGGCGCAGCUCGGCUUGGCGACGGAGGGCGGCCCGCCGCUCUUCCUCCACAACCGCGCGGCGCGGGGCGAGUUCGCGGCCAUGUGCAAGGAGAGGCGCGGGGCUGUCGGGGCGGCGGGAGGGGUCGUACACUCGUUCGACGGCGACGCGGCGGAGCUGGAGCAGCUGCUCUCGCUCGGUCUCGAGAUCGGCAUCAACGGCUGCUCGCUCAAGACGGAGGCAAACCUGGCCGUCGCGGCGCGAGUGCCGCUGGGCCGGCUUCAUCUGGAGACGGACGCUCCGUGGUGCGGCGUCAGGCGCACGCACGCGGGCGCCUCGCACCUCCGCCCGCUGCGCCACGCCGCCACCGGAGCGGUUUGCGGUUGGGCCGAGGAGAAGAAGGAGCGGUGGCGGCGCGGCGCGACGGUCAAGGACCGGGGCGAGCCGUGCCACAUCCAGCACGUCCUGCAGGUGGUCAGCGGCGCGCGGGGCGGAGGAGAGGAGGGCGAGGCGGAGGUGGCGGCGGCCGCGUUCGCAAACUCAGUGCGCGUCUUUGGACUGGCGUCGUGACAGUUCCAGUCGUGAAGCUUUACUCAAUAAAGCGCCAUCUUAC